CGGAAAAACAGAGCGCUACGAGCGUGAAAAGCUGAAUACAUCUUUUUUCAUUUUCUACUUGCAGAUUAAUAAAAGUCUGCAACUGAGGCGGCAAAAGAAGGAAAGGUUCGGCAGGGAGGAAGCGAAAAAGAAAUUUCGGGAGUUUCACUUCAUCUCAUUUCAGAAGCCAUUUUCAGAGGCCAUUUCUGGAUCAGUUUAUUGAGUAUUUGAAGUCUUGCAUUGAUUUCUUAUAUCUGCUUCAACUUGAGGAAGGAGAGAUCAGUUGGAGUGGUACGAGCGAGUUACUCCCCGGAUUCCGGAUUGUAUUGAAAGGAGCUUCCCAGAGUAACUAUAUUACUGAAUUUACUUGAUCUGCACUUGGUAGAGUAAUGGGAGCUCGGUGCUCGAAAAUCUCUCUUUGCUGGUGGCCAAUGACCUUCAAGUCAUCCAUUAUUGAGUCCAGAGAUCUGGAGAAUGGAGGGGGAGGUGAGAUGGAAGCACUGCCGGCGUUCAAGGAAUUCAACUUGGAGGAGCUGCGGGCUGCAACGGACGGAUUCUCGCCGGAGCGCAUCGUCUCCGAGCACGGUGAGAAGGCCCCCAACGUCGUCUACCGUGGCCAGCUACUCGACGCUGAUCGCACCGUCGCCAUUAAGCGCUUCAACAAGUCCGCCUGGCCCGAUGCACGCCAGUUCCUCGAGGAGGCGAGAUCAGUUGGACAGCUCCGGGGCGAGCGCCUGGCGAAUCUGAUCGGUUGCUGUUGCGAGGGAAGCGAGAGGCUCCUUGUGGCCGAGUUUAUGCCCCACGACACCCUAGCUAAACACCUUUUUCACUGGGAUACGCGACCUUUGAGUUGGGCAAUGAGGAUAAGAGUGGCCCUGUACCUGGCGCAGGCCUUGGAGUACUGCAGCAGCCGAGGUCGUGCUUUGUAUCACGAUCUCAAUGCCUACAGGGUUCUCUUUGACCUGGAUGGUAAUCCUAGGUUGUCGACUUUUGGCCUCAUGAAGAACAGCAGAGAUGGGAAGAGCUAUAGUACCAAUUUGGCAUUCACACCUCCGGAAUACCUUAGGACAGGAAGAGUGACACCUGAGAGUGUUGUAUACAGCUUUGGCACUCUGUUGCUUGACCUUCUCAGCGGGAAACAUAUUCCCCCUAGUCAUGCACUUGACCUAAUUCGUGGCAAGAAUUUUUUGAUGCUGAUGGAUUCUGGUUUGGAGGGGCAUUUUUCAAAUGAUGAUGGAACUGAGUUGGUACGGUUGGCAUCCCGCUGUUUGCAAUAUGAGCCGCGUGAGAGGCCAAACGUGAGGUCUCUUGUGUCUGCACUUGUGUCCCUACAAAAGGAAGCUCAGGUGCCAUCAUAUAUAUUGAUGGGUAUUCCAAAUCCAUCUGCAACCUCGGUUAAGCCUUUGAGUCCACUUGGUGAAGCUUGCUCUAGAUUGGAUCUCACUGCAAUUCAUGGUAUACUAGAGAAGGUUGGAUACAAGGAUGAUGAGGGAAUAGCGAAUGAGCUUUCUUUCCAAAUGUGGACCAAUCAAAUGCAAGAUACUCUUAACACCAAAAAACAAGGAGACAUGGCUUUCCGCACGAAAGCUUUUGGAACUGCUAUUGAUAACUAUACACAGUUUAUCGAGUGUGGAACAAUGAUUUCUCCAACUGUAUAUGCUCGGCGAUGCAUGUCCUACCUGAUGAACGAUAUGCCUCAAGAAGCUCUGGGAGAUGCUAUGCAGGCUCAUGCAAUAUCACCUGACUGGCAUAUCGCUUAUUAUCUGCAGGCUGCUGCUCUCUUCACACUUGGAAUGGAUAACGACGCUGAAGAUUCCCUUAAGGAUGCAAUCAAUUUGGAACCAAAAUGGAAAUUUCGAAGCUAAGUUUGUAUAGCAUUAAUGUUUUGGUUUGCAUUCUUAUUUUGUUUAUGUUUUUGGCGUUCCAUCUUGUAUCUAUAUAUCUCAUUGUUUUGUCAAAAUUUGCCUAGUCUGAUCUGUAACUACCAAAGUAAGAAAUGUGUUUUGGAGUUCCUAUAUCUAUAAGCUUUUGAUUUA